UCGGCAAUCGGCAGUCGGCAGUCGGCAGUCGUCAGUCGGCAGUCGUCAGUCGGCAGUCGGCAGUCGGCAGUCGGCAGUCGGCAGUCGGCAGUCGGCAGUCGGCAGUCGGCAGUCGGCAGUCGGCAGUCGGCAGUCGGCAGUCGACAGUUGACACUCUCGGUGACACUCUCGAGUCGAGUGAGUCUCGACUCUCGAGUCUCCGCACUCGACAAAUCUCUGUCUGUGGAUCUGGACUCUGGACGCCUGGAGUCUGGAGUCUGGACCUAA